CAAGCGCGACCCCUGUGCGUUUUGCGUGGCAGCAAACACAGACCCUACAGCGUGGGCACACUUACUCGGAGCACUCGGCCAAUCUGCGGUAGAGAAGCCGCCAGCAGAGCCGAGCCACGCGCUAUCCGCCCCGGGUGGAACCGCCCCGGCUCGGACCGCCCCAGCUCGGUGCUCUGCCAUCUGCCCGCUCGGGCACGCAGGAGGCAGCGCCCGGCACCUCGCAGAGGGUCACUCGAGGCGGUGCCCGCGUCCCUGCCCGCCUCGGCUCUACAGGUGCGAGGGAAGAGAAACCGCCCGGUGCGUCCGCCGCGCCUCGUCCAGCGCCGGCCCGCCUGCAGUGAUCGAGGCAGCGAGCGGAGGUUCGCCCGAAAGGACUCGCCGGGCCCGGCCUCCCCUCACGAGCCGCCCCCGGCGGGGCCCCGCUGGACUGGGGAAGGCCGCGGCCGAGGGGGGUGGCUCCGCGCGCUCCCUCAUUUUUUUCACUGGAGGGCAGCCUCGGCCGCAGGCAGGUCGCGGGACAGCCGCUCCCCGCCGCUCGCCGGCCCUCGCUCGGCCUCCUUCCUGGCGGCAGGCUCCAAUCGGCGGCUCCACGGCCUCGGCGGGUCAGCGGGCGGACGCAGCGACGGGGGGCGCGGGGCGGGACAGGGGAGGCGGCGGGGGGCGCGCGGGCCAUGGCGGGCCAGCCGCUGUACCACGUGACGCCGCGGCGCCCCCUCCGCGCGCAGGCGGCGGCGAAAGCGGCAGGCAGUGACGCGACGGAAGGGAGGGGCGCCGAGCUCGCCCCGCGGCCGGCCCGACGGGAAGUGAGGUUUGCGGAUCCGCCCCCGCCGCGGGAAGGCGGCAGCUUCAGUCCGGCGCGGCGCGCAGAGGCAGCGGCGAGAGGCGGCAGAGGUCGUGGCAGAGGGCGGCCGCGGCGGAGCCGUGGGGCAGCAGCGGACAGGGGGAUGAUCAUGGAGGGGACCGGCGAUGGGCAGGCUCCCCCGGAUGACACCGAGUGCAGGCAGAGGAAGUCGGCGGCGGCGCAGCGGGAGGAGUCCGAGGAGAAGGCCGCGACCAAGCCCAGCCCCGAAGGCGCACUGGAGGGAGACGAACAUCAGUCUUGGAUUCCAAACCUCUUGGCCCGACCCUCUAUAAGAGCAUAUAGACAGACAGAGGAUCCAGUAACAGAAAACACAAAGGCUUAUGACAGCGAUGAACCUGAUCAUUCAGCCGGGCAUCAACCAAACAUCUCUACACUACUCAAAGAAACAAAGGCUGACUUCCGUGAGAAAAAUAAAGAGCAUCAUUCAACUGCAUCACAGAGCAGAAGUACAUUUCAAGUUCAGUCCAGUAAAGGGAAGCUAUCACAGCCUUUGGCCAGAAGUAAGACUUCUCCUUUCUCUUCUGUUUCAGAUGAUGGUGAAUCGCAGAGGGGAUUUCACAAGAGCUGGACUUUGCUACUGGUUCUGUUAAUUGUUGUCCCACUGCUUUAUGUCCUGUGGAGCGUGUGUACAGAUCAAACUUUGUCAAGCAGAGAUGCUCAAAUUGUGCAAGCAUUUCGGGACCGGAUGAAGAAACUAGAAGAUACUUACCAAAGUCAGAACCCCAAUCUGUGGAAAAGAACCAAUGUACUCCUUGAGAAGCAUCUUAAUAAUUCCCAUCUGCGUUUGGAGCCCACCAUUCUACUGCUCACAGCUGGCCAGGAAGCUGAGAAAGCACUGAGAUGCUUAAGUAAUGAGAUUGCUGAUGCUUUUGCCUUCUCCCAGAAUGCUUCUACCAUCAAAAUUGAUGGGGAAGACAAAGCUAUAUUGGACAGUGAUGCUGUCAAGCUGGAAGUCGAUAGUGAGCUCAGCUCUGGGUUCAGAGAAGGCAAGAAGGUAGCUGUGGUGCACCGAUUUGAGUUACUGCCUGCAGGCUCCACCUUAAUCUUUUACAAGUACUGUGACCAUGAGAAUGCAGCAUUUAAGGAUGUGGCUCUCCUGCUGACAGUUCUCCUGGAUGAGCAGUCACUGAGAAAAAGCCUCACCUUGAAAGAAGUUGAGGAGAAAGUCCGGGAUUUCCUCUGGGAAAAGUUUACUGGUUCAGAUGUUCCUAAUUCUUAUAAUAGCAUGGACACGGAUAAACUGGGUGGACUGUGGAGUCGUAUAUCUCGUCUUGUGUUGCCUGUUUGGCCUGAAAAGGGCCUCCCUGUGCAGGGAUGUGCAUAAGUUAAUGGAGAGGACUCAGGAAAGGAGGAAGACAGAAAAUAUAUGUUGCAAUGGCUGGACAGGGAAGAACUUACUUUAGCUGCAGAGCUCAGGCAGCAUACCGUCCUUUCUGUGCAGAGAAGUUCCGCCAGCUGACAGGGUUCUUUCUGCUAAAGUAACUGGGAAUUCUCUAAAUCAGCUGCAGAAUGUAAGCAAGGAACUUGCUGGUUGUUGGUAAGUUGUGUUCAGUGACUUGGUGGUGUGGAGCUGGAUGUUAAGUGUCUGCUGGUGCAGAAAAAACUCAUCCGCUUCUGAAGCUAUCAUAGUUCUGCUGUAAGGAUCCUUUUCUGGUGGCGUAAAAUGCUCGUGCCAUGUUUGACAAGGUGGUAGGAUGCAAAAACAUCACCUUCAUCUGUCAGAAUUGCUUAAUUGUCUUCUAACAUGAGAAAAAUCAAACUAAAAAUUAUGAUACAGUGACAUGAGUCCAAGCACAAGUUUUUUUGUUGAUCCAUCUGAUCACAAAAUAGAUGUCAGCUGUCUCUGGCAACUUCUAGAGAUGGCAAAAUUGCUUGAAAGAUUUGUGACUUGCAGAGAACGUUUUGGGAAGCACUUCUUCCUUCAGUGAGCUUGCCCCAAACAGUUCUGGGAAGUGAGGAAAAACUGAGGUACAAAGGACUGCUUGACAUUCGUACUGAUACCAGUUAAAUAAUCCCUCAGCACUUCUCCCUCACUGAUUCCAGGAAUUCUUUCAAGUGUUAAAAUUUGAGGGUGAGGAGUGACAAAAUCUCAGCUGUGUGUUUGUGUACUAAAGACCUGUUGCUUCUCCUUCCCAAACAGAAGUUAAAAAGGUGUAGGCUGUUUCUUGUCUUAAUAAGAUAAUUAUUUUUGCAUUAAGAGAGUUUAUUUGUCUGUUGAUACUCUAGAAAAAUAACCUUUCUUCACAUCUGCAUAGAACCUGCUGCUUGCUGUAUAAGCUUCUAGUGAAGAACAGAUCUGCAAUGCAUGUUUCUGAAAAUAAAAAUUUGUUAAGUGUGCCUCUUGCCCAGAAUCCCUCAGACCAGACAAAAAGUGUGUACUGGAUUCAACUGAAAGUUAUUUUGGCUAACAAAACAAAACA